GUGGUGGUCGACGGGGUGGACGGGUGAGUGCUACCAGCAGGACCAUCUGGCGUAGCAGCGAACGCGAACUGACAAGUGGCCUGUAGCGUUAAAUCGUUUGCUUUAUCUCGUUUUAAAGUAUUGCUAUUUUGAUGGGCUGCCAGAAAGUCAAGAGUUGAGCGGAUAGCGACGGUGGUAUGUACAUGAUACGACACUAUUUGGUAUUCUGUUCGUCUCUUCCGUGUAUCUUGUGUGUUGUGUUGUGUGUUGUGCUGUGUGUGUUUAACUUGCAUUUCUUGGAUGCGCUGUUUGCAAACUGCUUGCUAUAUUACGCUUUUGCUUCUUUUUUUCUUCUUUUUCUUUCUUUCUUUUUCCUGUUACUAACAACUUUACAUGAUGUGAUUGUGAUUCCUUUUGCAUCUUGCUCCUUGUACUCACACUUUACUAUCAUAUGAUGUCGAUGAUGAAGCUCGCUCUCUCUCUCUCUCUCUCUCUCUUUCUCUCCAUUGUUUUUUUGUGUUUUUUGUUCCGGCGAGGAUGAGGAUUUGAUUGGACUGGACUGGGG